AUGGAUUCUGGUACAACCGAUAUGAAUGGUACAGAAGCGGAUCCCAACCUCUUUCUGUUCAGUGACACCAGGAGGGAGCACGCAAAACAAUUCCUUGAGGAUCUACACUCCUGCGAGAAUGAGCCGACGAGGCAGAGGCUGUGCCAAGAGAAACGCGACGAGCUAUUGGCUCAGAAGCACGACUUGAAGGCUGAAUUUGCAUUCUACAAGUCGGUUUUUGUGAGAUGGAUCCAGUACGGCGUCUCUGAGCACGGUCCGGAGUGGAGGGAAUUCGCCACAGCCGCAAACGAAGGCGCCGAUAAUCAGACGCGAUGUGCCAAGGAGCUCAAGAAGGCAGCGAGCUACUGGGGCGAGGACAUUGUUCAAAAUUAUGUUGAAGGUCGUGGGGUUAGUUUUGCCAUACGGCUCGCCCUUGUGGCCAAGGUCCAUCAGGACUUCCAGACACAGGCCUUACCCAGACUCCAACAGCUCAUCCGUCGGCGUAUCCUGCUUGACAGGCGCAACUUCAAGCACGCCCUUGAGCGCAUCGAUCUUAUCAACGCAAAAUUAUGGACAUCAGAUGCUUCAUAUGUGAAGUUGAACGAUCACGAGAAAAUCGAGCUCCCCUUUUCAAAUUUGAAAUCAAGCGAGCUACCAAACGGUUAUGUCUUCGAUCUCCACGGUCUUAUUGUACCCGGGCAACCUACAGUCGAGUUGUCGAAGGCUCUCCACACGACAGAUCCGGGAUCACUGGGCGAAAAUUGCAUCUCCAACGAAAGGACAGUCAAUAGAUCGAGAAGAACUGAUGCAGGUUCAUACGAUAUCAUAUUGUGUCCCGACCAAUCUAACGCAAGUUCGCUUGUGAGGUGUAGUAGCGGCGACGCCCAUGAACACAACCAGCCCUCUAGCAUCUUGGAGACCACGAAAAUCGUGGGUAGCGUACCUACCAGCCAAGGUGAGGGGCCAGUCCAGCCCGGGAUCUCCCGUGCUUGUGUCACCAUAAGCAACAGCAAUGAUAGUCCGGACGCAAGCUCGGCACCCACCAACCUAUCCAGUAAUGGUCCAGUUAUGCAGAGUGCAGUUCACUCUCCAACCUGCAUUAAGGACCCCGCGACCCAAGUUCCCCUCGAAAGAACAGCCCAGACAGUAGAAUCCCGAAGAUCAAGCCGCAUCGCAGCCGGUAAGCAAGCCGUGUACGAGUCGGCGGCAACGACGCUACGAAGGACCAGCCGCACCACCAAGACCAAGACCCCGAAUAGCGAAAAUCGAAAUAAUCAACCAAAAGCGAACGAACCGAGUUCGGAUACUCAGUCAGAGCAGCAGCAGUAUGGCUUGGCUCUGGCACGAAUCAGUCAGCUUGCUGGGGAGCUUGAUAAAUGUAGCUCGCUGGACGAGGUGCCAGUUGCUCCGGACAAGCGACGUGCAACAUCGGUACCGCUAGACGUUGACAAGACACACAAGCGGCUUCGCGACCAGACGGUCAUCGGCCCUCGUGGCUUCUGCCCUGACGCGUUGCCCCAGUGCGACUCUGUCUCUGAUCAGGUGUAUCUCGCCCAAGCUGUCAGCGAGGUGUCCGAGAGGGCCAAAGACGCGUCCGGCAGCCGUGGUGCUCGAACUGCAGCAUGUCUGCUCCCCAUCUUGAAGAACUGUAAACACCCGAACACAGAUGCAAAUUGCGGAGCGUUGGACCUCCAUCUGAUGAGUGGAAUCAGAGCUAAGAAAUUCCUCGACUCCAAUACACCCGAUGUCCCACUCAUCACAGAGGGGCAACAGGUCUUCGAAUGGGACAAUCGAGAGAAAGCCAUUGCUGAAUUUCUUGAAUGGAUUGGGGAUGACGAUAAAACUGUCUCGGUCCAGAUUCCGUCCCUCAAGGCUGAUAGCUGCUCCUGUGAGAUACACGACCUGGGACAAGUCCGAAGUCGAUUUCUCUCGUCAAAUAAUGAGGAUGACCCAUGGAAUGUCCUUGACUGCAGCUGCCCAGUGCCUUCCACCCUUCCAUCCUUUUUGGCCGGAAGAAAUUGCCAGCUUCUUGGCCGAAUACGGGAUCAAGUACUGAAUGGCCGCAGUGCUGAAAGGGCGCAGGUAUCUAGGGAUGAUUGGUCAGAGUGGAAAGACAUCGAAUACUGGGCACUUUUGUCUGAAGGGGGGCAUUGCACAGCACCGCAUAUGGACAGCCAUGGCCUUGCGACGUGGAUAACUGUUCAGCAGGGCUGUUUCGGUUUUGUAUGGAUGUCGCGCCCAACCAGGGAUCAGCGCAGAGAGUGGAUGAUGGAUGUAGAACACUACGAAGACGAUCAGAGAUGGCGCUAUUGGAUUCUUAAACCCGGCCAGACCGUCUACUUUCCAUCCGGAACAAUCCACGGCGUAUUCCGUCUUCGAGGAGAGCAGACACUCGCGCUCGGCGGGCAUAUCCUCCAAUGGUCCGGAAUCAAUCAAUGGGUGGAUGUGUUCCAUGAGCAGGUCAGAUACCCAAACUCCACUAAUGAAGAUAUGGAAUUUCCCUCAAGGUGGUUUUCGGCUACGGAGCGGCUUGUCCGGAAUAGGUUGGGGCAGAGUACGAGAGAUUGA